CCCGUUCCUUCCUCGUAAUAAGAGUCAAGCAUGCAUGCAUACUCGAGAAGCCGACGCGAUGCAUACACAGAUUUCAAUCCCGUGGAUGCGGCAAUGGGAUGCAUUUCCAUGUGAAUUUAGAUCUGCAUGCCAAACUAAGUGGAUUGUCAUCCCACAUGACAUGAUCCUACCGCCAAGCUGAUAACAACGAAAUGGACACAGAAAGGUUAAAAAGGUUAUUAAUAAAGUCGGUAGUAGCAUUAGCCAUAGCGGCCUUGAUUCUCUAUGCCGAUGCCACACGGCCCAAGAAGCCUGAGGAUAUCAGGUUGAACGACAGGGGUGAGUGCGUGUACCCCAUGAGCCUGUCUUUCGUGGUGGGUUUGGCCGAGCUGGCUGUCCUUCUGGGUUUCGUCUCGUAUUUCACCUUCCAACACGGAUGGUGCUGCGUGCGCCGCGACGGCGUCUCCGUAUCGAGCUUCGCGCUGGGCAUCUUCCUCGCCAUCCUCUCAUGGUUAUUGACGUGGUGGGCGGUACGACUAUAUCUCCGCGACGUGGGGGCGAUCUGGCCGGGGAGGCGUGGUAAACCCCCGGAGUGUUACGCCGCUCUUAAAUUGGAUCACCAUCACCUUAUGGCGAAUGCAUUCAAACCCUUCGUCUUUGCCUUGGCCUUGGCAUUCUGCUCCUCCAAGAAACUUUCCCCUCCUCCUCCUAUAGAAACCUAGCUAGCGUACGUACGUCUCCCCAACGUUCGAUGGAUCGCCCAUUAUGUUGGAGGUUCUUUUUUUCCUGGUUUGAUUAUUUUGUUAACUCACAUUCACAUAUCAUGAUUAGAGUCGGAUUUCUACAAUGCAUGUGGGAAGCUUCAAGC